AUGAGUUCAUUACCAGACUCGGAUGGCUCCGCUAAAAUUUUAAUUAUUGGUGAAACUGGUAGUGGAAAAUCAACAUUUAUUAAUUAUUUAACAAAUUAUUUUAAAAAUGGUGAUCUCAAAAAAUUAAAAGUUGCUAUCAAGACGAAAUUUCGAGCAGCAACAGAGGGUUAUUCACAUAAUGAAACAAACACGGCUGAUACAACAAAAUCACAGACAACAGCAUGUACUUCAUACAAGUUCUCCAGAAAUGGAGUAAAUUAUACAUUUUUAGAUACGCCCGGAUUGGGAGAUACACGAGGCGCAGCACAAGACAAUCAGAAUAUUGAGAAAAUUAUCGCUUCGGUCGAAUCUUUUGAUGGCAUAACAUGUGUGCUGAUUGUAAUGAACGGCACUAUACCGCGAUUGACUGUUAAUGUUGAAAAUGUUAUCGUACGUCUACAGGGAUUUCUACCAGAUCUCAUAAUGGAACAUGUAAUUGUUGUUUUAACAAAUGCUUAUCGUUAUGCUGCGAACGCUGAUUUAGAGAAACUACUAAAUCUUCAAUCCACUGUGCAUCCAUUUUAUAUGCAAAACUCAGCGUUUUCAACAGACCCGUCAAAAUGGGACCAACAAGCGAUGAAAUCUUUACAAGCGGAUUGGGAGUUAUCGAUGACUGAACUCAACAAUUUAGUUGAUUUAAUUGAUACAUUCGAAAAAAAAUCUGUCAAAGCAUUCACAGAUAUGAAAACACUUCGAAAUGAUAUCAAAUCUAUGAUGCACAAGGCUCGAUUAGAAGUUGAAAAUAUUCAAAAGAUGCAGGAUGAAAUUGCUGCACUACAAGCUGGUAUGAAAGGGUACGAUGAUGAUAUUACGAAAAAUAAAGAUUUUACACAGAAGAAGGUUGCUGUUGCUCAAUUAGUCGAUGCACCGUAUCACAGUACAAUCUGUUCAGAAUGUAAUACUGUGUGUCAUGAUCAGUGUGGAUUACAGGAAACCUAUAAGAAAGGUGAUCAGACUUUGUCUGGUUGUGCAUGCAUGGGAGCCAAUAACCAAUGUAAAGUGUGCAAAGCUCAUUGCCCAUACACACAACAUUAUCAUGCAAAGAAGACAAUGAGUAAGGUGGAUCAAACCGUCGACGAAGUACUCCACGAUAUUAAAGCUAAGUAUGAUGCUGCAACAAACAAUAAAUCUAUGGCGCAACAAAAGUUGACGUCUGCAAGUGCUCAAAAGCAAAUGUUAGAAAAUGCAUUGAAACAAAAGAAUGACGAAAUAAAAAAGAAAUGUUUAGAACUGAAGAAACACUGCAGUGGUUUUAAUAUUGUUGCUGAGUUAAAUAUUAUGAUAAAACAAUUGGAAACGUCAAAACAAACCAUUAAAGAUUUGGAUGCUCUACGUCAAGCUGAAACAUUCAUUAAUAGUCUAAAAACCUUCUGUAAUCAACUGGAGAAAGAUACUGCGUUGACAAAUACUAAUCAAAUGCGAAAAAUGAAAAUUCAAGAUGAUCAUCGUCAUUCUCUUGCAGAUCAGUCGACAGUAUUUGGAGAAGCA